AUGGAGGGUGGCGAUGGUGCGGCAGAGACAUCAGGGCUUGUCAACACGCUUCAAGGGCAUGUCGAUGACAUCCGAAGUCGUUUGCAAUGCGGAAUUUGCAUAAGACCCCUCUACGAACCCUUUAGCCUUGCUUGUGGGCAUACAUUUUGCUACACCUGCCUUACACAAUGGUUCAGUGGUGGAAGAUCGAAGCGAACAUGUCCGGAUUGCCGGGCCCCCGUCAAGACUCAGCCUGCGCCGGCUUAUCUGGUUCGCGAGAUCGUACACAUGUUCACGAGUCGGGCAGAGCUUUUGGACAAAGGGGAGACCACCCACGAGCAUUUAGUGAACCGAAAAGCAGAAUCGGAGAAACUGGAUCAAGACAAAGCCAACACGAACCCACAUACCGGUGGUCUGUUUGGAGGACUAUUUAAACCCAAAGCUCCUGCACUGAAGCCCCUUGUCGAUGUGGAUGAUGGGGUGAUGCGAUGUCCACACUGCCAGUGGGAGCUUGAAGAAGAUGCAUGUGGGGGCUGUGGAUGGAUUUACCGACCAGACGAGGAUAGAUCCGACUACAGUGGAUCCGACGACGAUGACUACGAUGACGAGACCGAUUAUGACUCAAUGCUUGAGGGAGAGGACCUCGAGGAGGACGAAUUUGGAGACAUUGAUGAUGACCACAGUGCCUGGGGCCCUUUCGGGGCUUAUGGCACGCCAUUUCUUUUUGGAGAAAGAGACCCGACCGCUUCGAUCUUUGGCCCUCUGGCCGAGGCUCUGGGAGAUCAUGUCUAUCAACCGCAUUCUUGGAUGCCCCCUCCCGGAAAUUACGAUAGUUAUUACGAAGACGAGGAUGAUUAUGAGAGUGAAGAUGAGUAUGAUGAGAUGGACUCAUUCAUCGAUGACGAAGAGCAUCGAAACGGCGUGCAAUUCGACUCCGAUCAUUCAACUGUCGUUGGUGGCGAUGGACCUCAGAGCCGUACUUCUCCGACUCGGAGACAGGGCCGACCCGUUGUGAACGUUGAUUCUUCAGAUGAGGAUGCAAGCGAUCCCGAAGAAGGCGAUACUACGGGCGUGUCACUCGGCGAAGGUUGGAACCCUCGUUCCUCUGGAGGAGGGGCAUCGAGCAGUCCUCCAUCUCAAUACCACGACACGAGGUCUUCUCCAAUGGAGUCUUCUAUCGUCGAUGACGAGUCAUCAGACGACGAGGACGACGAGGACGAGAAUGACAUCGAAGAGAAUGAGGAUAGAGACGACGAGGACGAGGAAGAUGAAGAACCUCUUGUCAGCCGUGGACGUUAUCACCAGCGACUCGAAGUACCUGCAACGAGUGAUGGCAGUGAAGUCACUGAAAGUCCAUCACCAAGGCUAAUGAGGACCGCCGGGUACACGGGGUCUUCUGCCCACAACGCUAUCACCAUCGCUGACUCUGAUGAAGAGCAACCAAUUGGUCCUGUACGACGAGCGACGCAACGAAGGCGCGCCCGGUUCUCACCUUACUGA